CAUAACCUCUGGACAUUUUCACCCACAGCUUCGUGAACUCUCUUUAACCAGUGCACGGUUUGAUGUCUUUCUUUGUGUGGGAGCUAGGGACAGUUCAAUGAGAACUAAAGACUUUUAGCUCACAGACUGAUCAGCUCGCGCAAUAAAGCCUCUUUGAGAUUUAACCCUGUAAAGCCGUUUGCAUCAUGUAUGAUACAUGAGCUUCUGAGACCUCUCCCCCUGUAGGCGAUGUGCCGAGUACGUCUAUCUGCUUUCGUUUACGAAACAAUUGAUCCCCUGCCGGUAAUUUUCAGAUUUUUAUUAUUGUGUAGAUAAAUUAUAAUAUAACAUAUAAGUUAAUGUUUCCAACCUCAAAAGUUGCACAUUUUCAUAAAUAACGUUGAUAUAUUCGUCACACGAGCUAAUGGAUAUGCUGUUAGCUCCAGCAACCACAAACCAAUGAGAGCUCUUGUUACUACUUCGUGGACUUCAGUUGGCCAAUCAGCUUCCUCGUACUUCUGGUAAAGCCAUAAGACAACAUUAACACAACUGGUUAAGGGAUGAGAGCAAACGAAGGAAAAGUAGCAUGGCUGAAUGGUACAGGUGUCUGUCUGUGGAGAAGUCAGAGACUGUCACUACACAACCAGGUAUAAUGGUGAAAUGCAGGUAUCGUGUGUAAUUUGCAAAGCAACUGUGGUGAUACAUGGCCUCUGACGCAACAAGAUCUCUUCCACGGAUUUGAAGCAACAGGUGUUCAUCCUUCUUCCCCUCAGCAGCACGAAGGAGUUGAUCUGCUGUGGUAAACAAAGUUUAUACUCAGGCAUGCAACAGGCAGGAGGUGUGGAGCCCUUUUGGGUUGUUCUGGGCCACUUGAAGAGGGCAGAACCCGAACCUUGGAUGCAGCACCAUCACUGGUAUCUGGCAGCGGUUCUUCUGAACAUUGUAAUGGCACUAAAAUGUGAUUGGCAGGAGGAGGAGAGUCUGACAGAGGAGCAGAGGAACGUUGUCAGCCAUUUUGUCUGAGUUCAACACCGGAGGAAAAAUGGAUUCUUCACAAGAAAAACAUGAAAACAGCAAUGGAGUGAGACAUCAGAAAUCUGCGGAGGAAAGCAAUGGUUCCCCAACAACAACAAACAGAGAUGAAUCACUCAGUUGUGAGCAAUGCGGCAAGACUUUUAUCACAGCAAGAAAGCUAAGACAUCACCAACGUAUUCACUUUGUGGACAGACCAUUCAGCUGUGAUCAGUGUGGGAAGACUUUUAUUUACAAGAGUGAUUUAGCAAAGCAUCAACUCAGUCACAGUGGAGUUAGAGCAUUCAGCUGUGAUCAGUGUGGGAAGACUUUUAUUUACAAGCAUGCUUUAACAAGACAUCAACUCAUUAACCAUGGAGUUACACAAUUCAGGUGUGAUCAGUGUGGGAAGAAGUUUAUUAAGAAGGGUGAUUUAACCACCCAUCAACUCAGUCACAGUGAAGUUAGACCAUUCGGCUGUGAUCAGUGUGGGAAGACAUUUACUCAAAAGAGUAAUUUAACAACCCAUCAACUCAUUCACAGUGAAGUUAGACCAUUCGGCUGUGAUCAGUGUGGGAAGACUUUUACUCACAAGAGUAAUUUAACAACCCAUCAACGCAUUCACAGUGGAGUUAGACCAUUCAGCUGUGAUCAGUGUGGGAAGACAUUUACUCAAAAGAGUAAGUUAACAAGCCAUCAACUCAUUCACAGUGGAGUUAGACCAUUCAGCUGUGAUCAAUGUGGGAAGACAUUUACUCAAAAGAGUAAGUUAACAACCCAUCAACGCAUUCACAGUGGAGUUAGACCAUUCAGCUGUGAUCAAUGUGGGAAGACAUUUACUCAAAAGUGUAAGUUAACAACCCAUCAACUCAUUCACGGUGGAGUUAGACCAUUCAGCUGUGAUCAGUGUGGGAAGACAUUUACUCAGAAGUGUUAUUUAACAAGACAUCAACUCAUUCACAGUGGAGUUAGAGCAUUCAGUUGUGAUCAGUGUGGGGAGACUUUUAAUCACAAGGGUAAUUUGAGAAUCCAUCAACUCAUUCACAGUGGAGUUAGAGCUUUCAGCUGUGAUCAGUGUGGGAAGACUUUUACUCAAAGGCGUGAUUUAACAAACCAUCAACUCAUUCACAGUGGAGUUAGAUCUUUCAGCUGUGAUCAGUGUGGGAAGACUUUUACUCAAAAGAGUACAUUAAGAAAACACCAAGUCAUACACAGCGGAGGUGAACCAUUCAACUGUGAUCAGUGUGUGAAAACCGUGACUGGACAUGAACAGUUAUUGAUCCAUCCAUGCCCCCAUUCUGGUAGACAGCUGUACCGCUGCGACUACUGUGAAAAAACUUACAAGCACCAACAGAGCCUAAAAUAUCACCAACGCAUCCACACUGGACAUGAUGCGUGCGUAUGUGAUCACUGUGACAAACUAUUUGUAAACUUCUCACAGUUAAAAGCUCAUGCAGUUACCCACACCAGGGUUAAACCCUACCACUGUGACCAGAAGGCUAAAGGCUUCAACAACACUGGAAUCGCUCACCAACGUGACCAUGCUGGGGACAGACCCUACAGAUGUGACGAGUGUAUUAAGACUUUUAUAACUUUGGGUUCCCUGAAACAACACAGAUCAAAGAGCCACACCAGAAAGAAAGCAAUCAAUCAACGUCACAGUAAGGUAUGUAAAGGUUGUCUCAGCAACAGUGUACACACUAUUGUGCAUUGGACAUUUUGGAUAUUGUUGUGAAUUUAGUGUGAUGCUGUUUUGAACAACUGUGGCCAGUCUAGACACAGAAAUCUGGUCCAGGUCAAUCUGGGGAUGUAGAUAAGAUUGUGAAUUCUGACAUGAUCAGCAUCAGCACAAACUCGUUCUCACCACAUAAUGUUGAAGAGACAUCACAUCAGUGUUGAGUACUCUACUGGGAUGUUGGAUAUUUAGUGAAUUUAAACCCAGCUUAACUUAUCAGUUGCUUUCUGGCCUCAUGUCAGUGAGCCUCAUGCAAGUCUCUGUCACAGCGCUCCUUUAUUAGCUAAGGUUCCGCAAUGCUCUGUGCUUUCCAACACAGAACAGUCUUGAGCCUAGAUAUGAAGAGUAGAUACGCCAGCCCAUUGUAGCUGCCGGUUAAUCGAUGCGCCUUCGUGGCAGCCAUCUUGAAGGGGGCAAAGUUCCCAUCCAAAGCAAUGCAUGUACGUUGAAAAUAUAUCAUAAUUUGCUCAUUUCGCAAACAAUUUUCGUGUGGUUUACUUUAUUGUCAACGUCAAAACAUGUAUUAUUAAUAGAAAAUGUGUGAUCUGAAACAAAAAACACUGAAAAAGGCUUUCUACAAAUGUAACCUGCAAUUUUAGUUAUCAUAUUCUUUAGGUCCAGAGGCCAGGGACUCUUUUCAGUUUAGCCAUUACAUAUAUAAAUGUAAAUGCCUGGAUACAUAGAAAAUGUUUUGGGAUCAAAAGAUGUAAUUGUAAAUGUAAUCUAUUUAUUUAUUUAUUUAUUUCUUAUUAAGAUUAAUUUAUUAUUAUUUAUUUAUAUGUAAAUAUAUACAUAUAUUGACUGUCAUUCGGUAUCAGGACGAAAUCCUUGGACCCAUUGUCAGACCCUACAUUGGUGCAGUGGUCCUGGAUUCCUUCUGGUGCAGGACAGUGGCCAGUCUUAUGUGGUAAGAGAAUUCAUACAGUUCCUGGAGGAUGAAGGAACUGAUACCAUUAGCUGGCCCCCAUGCUCAACUGACCUGAAUCCAAUAGAACACCUUUGGAACAUUAUGUUUUGUUCCAUCCAACACCAUCAGGUUGCUCCUCAGACUGUCCAGGAGCUCAGUGAUGCCCUGGUCCAGUUCUGGGUGGAGAUACCCCAGGACACCAUCUGUCGUCUCAUUCAGAGCUUGUCCCGGCAUCGUCAGUAAUGCAUACAAGCACAUGGAGGCCAUACAAACUACAAAAUACCAUUUUGAGUUGCUGCCAACGAAUUUCAGCAAGAUGGACUAGCCUGCCACAUCAGUUUUUCACUUUGAUUUUGGGGUGUCUUGAAUUUAGCCCUCCUGGGGGUUGAUAAUUUUCAUUCCCAUCAAACAAUGUGAUAAGCAAUGAUAGCAUGAAUAGCAUUCUGAACAGGAUAAACAAGGAGGAUAAAUUGGGUUACAUUCUGGGAGAUUUUAAUGUUAAACUCCUAAAUUUUGAAACUCAUAUUCCAACCAAAGAGUUUUUAAUUGUACUUCAGGCAAAUUACUUUUUCCAGCAAUCUCUAAACCAACCAGAAUAACAAAAAAAAUCUGCAACUCUUAUUGACAAUAUUCUAAUCAAUUCAUUUAAGUUUGAAACAAAUUCUGGUUUAAUAUUUACAGAUAUAGCAGAUCAUUUACCAGUGUUUCAUAUAGUAAAUUUCGACUGUAAUUUUAAGGAAAUAAAUAAAGCUCCAUUAAACAUUAGAAAUUUUAGUAAAUCUAACAAGUCAAAAUUUCAAAAAAUGUUACAGGAAAUCUCGUUUGGUGAAGUAUACAAAGAAAAUAAUCCAGAUCUUGCAUACAAUGUUUUUAUGAAAUUGUUUAAUGAAUGUUUUACAAAAUGUUUUCCAAUAUUAUCUUGCAUCAAUGCAAAGAGGAAAAAAACACCUUGGUUUACUUCUGGACUGAAAAAAUCUUCAGUAACAAAAAAUAAGUUGUAUAAAAAGUAUCUUUCAUCACCAACUCCAUUAAAUCUAGCAACUUAUAAGUCAUAUAAAACCAGGUUUGUUCACCUGCUUAGAUCUGCUAAGAAAAAUUAUUACAGUGACCAAUUUAGUAAAUCUACAAAUAAUAUCAAAAACACAUGGCAAAUUAUCAGUGAAUUAUUACAAAGAAAAAAGGCAGCAACAAAGUUUCCUUCCUCAUUUGUGGAUGGUGACUCUGUUCUGACUGAUCCAUAUGAGAUUGCUUGUCAUUUUAAUAAUUACUUUUCAAAUGUUGGUUCAUGUUUAGCUGAUAAGAUUAAAGAUAGUAAUGUUAGUCCACUUGAUUAUAUUAUUAACUCUUUUUCAUCUAUAGACUGUUUCGACCCUCCCGAUACUAAUGAAGUUACUGAGAUAAUUUUGGAGUUAAAAAAUUCUGCUCCAGGGCAUGAUGGCAUCAGUGCCUCUUUAAUUAAAGAUGUCGUGACUCCAAUAUGUAAACCAUUGGCUCACAUAUGUGGUUUGUCAAUGACAACGGGCAUUGUCCCCCAAGAUUUAAAAUUAGCAAAGGUGCUCCCACUUUUCAAAUCUGGUGAUUCUCGUUUAUUUUCCAGUUAGAGACCUAUAUCAAUUUUACCCUGUUUUUCAAAGGUUUUAGAAAAAUUGGUUUAUAAAAGAUUGCUAAAACAUUUGAAUGUACAUAAUAUUAUUUAUCAAUAUCAGUAUGGAUUUAGAAAGAAUUAUUCCACCUACAUGGCACUUGUUGAGUUAACUGAUAGAAUAUAUAGAGCCAUAAAUAAUAAUGAAUUUUCAGUCGGAGUAUUCUUAGAUCUUUCAAAAGCAUUUGACACUGUGCAUCAUGAUAUUCUAUUGAAUAAACUGUACAAAUAUGGUUUUCAUGGAAAUAUUCAUCAAUGGUUAUAUAAUUAUAUAAAAAAUAGAAAACAGUAUGUUUCAAUGGAUGGUUAUGAUUCAAAUGCAAAUAGUAUGUAAUAUGGUGUUCCUCAAGGAUCCAUUUUAGGGCCGUUACUUUUUUUGGUUUAUUUUAGCGAUCUAGCAAAGGUAACUAAUUCUACUGUCCCGAUUCUAUUUGCAGACAAUACCAAUUUACUAAUCUCUGCUAAAGAUCUAACCACUCUUACUAGUAAAUUAAAUGAAGAUUUAUUGAAGUAUUCUGUAUGGUUCCAAGCUAACAAGUUGUCUUUAAAUGUUAAAAAAUGUAGUUUUAUGGUGUUUGCAGGGUAUAAGAAAUAUAAUUCUGAGAGAAUCAAAGUAUGUAUUAAUAAUGAUCAAAUUGUCAAAGUUUCAUCAGUUCGUUUUUUUAGGCAUACAGCUUGAUGAUAAACUCCAAUGGAGAAACCAGAUUGAUAUUGUUAGUAAUAAAGUUGCAAAAUCUCUUGGGAUAUUAAGGAAAAUUCGAAAUUAUGUUAAUAAUUGUGUAAUGUUAACUUUAUAUUAUUCUUUAAUUUAUCCUUAUCUUUCGUACUGUAAUAUCGUCUGGGGAAGUACUUUUCCAAGUUACCUUGAAAAAAUCUUAUUGCUACAAAAGACUUUUUUUCGUUUAGCAACAUACUCUAAUUAUGAUGCACCAAGUGCCCCUCUUUUCUGGAAAUUAAAAUUGUUAAAUAUUUUUGACAUCAAUAUUUAUCAAAUUUGUACUUUUGUGCAAAUGAUUAAUCAAGGUAAAUCUCCCCCUUGUUUUUGUAAAUAUUUUGUUAAGAAAUGCCAAGUUCAUUCCUAUAACACAAGACAAGUAUCAACUUUGCAUCUUCCCAAAUUUAUGAAAAAUAAAAAGGUACAAUUUUCUUUUGGAUAUCCAGGAGCUAAAUUAUGGAAUGAAUAUGGAGGUUACUUCUCUUCAGGUAGUUAUAAGAUUCUAAAAAAACAAUUACAACUAAAAUUCAAACCAUAAUAAUUAAUAUUGUGUUAUGGGUUGUGAAAUGGCCAAUCUUCUGUUUUAUUUUGUUAAUUUACCUAAUAAUAUAGAUUUGACUGGCUUAUUCUUCUAUGUCUCUGAAUGAGCUUUGUAUGUAGUUAAAUGUAUUUUAUUGUUAGGGGUGUGGCCUAAUGCAUAAGCCCGAAUGGGUUUCUGUCACACUCCAUCAUAUUGUUUUUAUUCAUGCAUUUGUAUUUCACAGAAGCGGUCAACUUCUGUGCUCUUUUUUUAUGUGAAAUAAAAUGAAAUGAAAUGAAA